AGAAGUUUUGUUUACUGCCGGGCUGCUAAACGCUAGGGGUCCACAAGCAAAGCGGAUUAAAGUCUCGCAGGAAUGGCAGAGGAAGCUGAAGACGAAAUACCGGAGUCAGGAGCGGUUUUCACAUUUGGGAAGAGUAAGUUUGCAGACAACAUACCCAGUAAAUUCUGGCUGAAAAAGGAUGUUCCUGAGAAGAUCUCCUGUGGUGACGAACACACAGCCUUAAUAACAGAAAAUGGGAAGCUGUUCAUGUUUGGCAGCAACAACUGGGGCCAGCUGGGUCUGGGCUCCAAACUAACUGUGAAUAAACCCACCUGUGUCAAAGUGAGCGGUAAACUCUUCAUGUGGGGGGACAACACCGAGGGUCAACUGGGUUUGGGGAAGGAGAUCCAGGUUUCUUCACCGCAGGAAGUCAGCGUGGGACGUCCUGUCAGCUGGGUGUCGUGUGGAUACUACCACUCUUCUUUAGUGACAGAGGACGGAGCUCUGUUCACGUUCGGGGAACGGGACAGUGGGAAGCUGGGUCUGGGCACAGAGCAGCUGUCGGCGCACCGCCUCCCCCAGCGUGUGAAGAGCAUCACGGAUCCUGUGAGGCGGGUGGCGUGCGGUGGCGGACACACGGUGGUUUUGACAGAAGACAACGUUUACACAUUUGGCCUCGGUCAGUUCGGACAGCUCGGUCACGGUACGUUCAUCUUUGAGUCUCGGCUUCCACGUUUGGUCGAGCACUUUAAGAAGAACCCAGUGCGUCAGGUGUUCUGCGGGGAAAACCACACCGCUGUCAUCACAGACGGAGGGCUGCUGUACACGUUCGGAGACGGCCGACACGGUAAACUGGGUCUGGGAGAAGAGAACUUCGCCAACCAGUUUAAACCUACUCUGUGUCCGCGAUUCCUCAAGUACGACGUUCAGUCGGCGGCAUGCGGCGGCUGUCACAUGGUGGUUCUGGCUAGACCCAGGAAUCCACACUCAGCUGAUUUGACUCUGGAGGAGGAGGAUGUGACGGAGGACUUCCUGGAGAAACCCUACGUGGAGCUGUUGGGGGACACGAACGGCACCACAGUCCUAAAGAGAACUCUCUCUGCUCGGGUUCGCAGGAGGGGUAGGGAGCGAUCUCCAGACAAGUUUGGGUUGAUGGUCCAGACGCUGCCUGCCAUGUCGCCUGGCUUCCUUCAGACGCCACUUCCUGUCUCCAGUCAGACUGCACCAGUCCGGCUGCCACCCCCUGAGCUGAGCCACAAGAAGACGGACGGUGAGGCAGACAGUAUUGUGGACAGUCUGACGGACACAGACAGUGUUCGAGGUCUCGGGGAAACUACAGACUUUCUCAAUAUGACACAUGUGAUGAAGUUGAACCCCAGUGAUGAAACAAAGACCCUGACUCCUCUGCACAAGGUUGUGAUGCAGAAUCAGAGUGAAAAAAAUGAAGAAGAAGAUGACGAAGCUGCUGAUGAGGAUGAAACUGAUGAUGAGGAUGAUGAUGAUGAUGCUGCAAAAGAAGAAGAGGAAGAGAACAACACGUCUGCCUCCUCCACAGGCAGUCCUCAAGAAGACUCACCUGCUGGAGAGCAGACAGCAGAGACGGCUGAGCAGAACGACACAGCUGGGGAAAAAACGGUCAAAAGCGACAUGAAACCAGGCAACCGGGAGGGAGACGCCAACAACCAAACAGCCUCCAACAAGAAGCUGUCCAUCUUCAGACGAUUGUCCUCGUCUCGACCCAAGCAGACGGACAACACUGUCCUGAGAGAAGCCCUGUCUCCUGCUGCUGGGACCUCCAAGUCAUCUGGAGCCAGAGGGCCCCGCUCCGAGGCUUGCAGCCUGCUGUAAGAACCUCAGAGAGAAUGAGACCGUCCAGACUUUAGAGCACUUCCUGUUGAUGUCAUCUACGUAGAUGUCGCCUCCUUACAGUGCAGAGAGGGCAUGUCAGGAAAGAUUUUUUUACUAAAUGAAUAAAAAACAUUUUACAGGGAUGACAACUGAAUUUUAUGGUCUCACAGGGAUAGAAUUUUAACAUCUGAGUUUGAGUUUGAAUUCCUAACCUUAAAAAUAAAACGCAAAAUAUCAUCUUUGUUUAUUUUUAAAUAUGCACAUUGUACAUAAAAUAUAAAAGUUGACUGUAAAAAUGAGAGAAACAUUCCCACAGACUUUUAAAAUCUUUUUAGCCAUCAUUUUAUGAGAUACAUUCGGUGAUUUUCUUGCAUUUUUAGCUAAAAUUGGACAAAUUUCUCAGGUCAAACUGUUAAUAAAAAUACAUAUUUUUUAAUGUUGUGAUGCAUCUAAGAAAUCCAGGUAGAAAAAAAAAAUCAUCAUGUUUUUUUAAUGAAACGUUUUGUCUCUUCUUCAUGAGACUUCUUCAGUCUGAGGAGUUUCAGCCUUCCAAGCAGUGCCUCCACACGGUGGACAAACAGGUUUACAAUCAAUUCUUUAUUCACAUGUAAAGAAGAACUCGUCCAGAGGACCUAGUUUAAUUUUAUUUUUGUGAAUAUCCCUUUAAAACACUCUUUCUUGACCUUUGACCUGUAAGUGAACCACCACCAGUGCAGCUUUUUUUUUACCAGUGUUUUUCUGAGCCUGUGUUUGUUAUAAAGCGUGAUUAUUUAUUGUGACUCGGUCCUGGGGCACAUCCUGCACAAAGUUUAGUUUUUUAUGAUUUGUAUUUUGAUAAAAAUAAAAAGUUUUGAUACAGAA